AUGGCAAACGAACAGGGGGAGUAUACGUUCUUCCUUGUUGAUAGUGCCCAUCCACUAAGACUGGUCAUGGUCACUCUUCCGAGAUCUGACACUGUCGGUGACCUUCAAAAUCAAAUCCAACAACGCCGUUACAAGGAUUUGGAGCCGUCCGACCUCGAUUUAUUCCAAGUAGAUAUAUUGGAUGAGGGUGAUUUAGCCCAGAAAAUCGAGGAGAAAAGCAAGGACCUGGGUACGCCGCUCCGUGCAACUUAUCCCAUCUACGAAUACUAUCCCUCGACCCCCCCAAACGACACUAUACAUAUUCUCGUCAGACCCUCUGCAUCGCCCCAUGUGCUUCAGCCAAUUCAAUGCCUGAAAGUCGAUAAAUACAUCUCGCUUCACUUGUCCGAUACGCAGGUAUACUCAAAUAGCUCAGAACAAAUCGUCAGAGAAAACAAAAUCACCUAUUCGUUGACCCCUCCCAAGCAACUGGAAGACUUUCGUCAAAAGCUAGAAAGAAAGCGGAUGUACGAACCACAAAGCUUGAGCAGGAUGUCAAAGCUCAAAGCCGAGAUGGAAGAACUUGGCAUCAAUUUUUCAAGCUACUUCGAGACUUCGGAAUCACAGGUCUCCGUUGAUGAGCUCGUUCAGGAUGUGGAGCUGUCGCACUACAUCAUCUUGCUCGAACAUUUGAUCCACCUCAAUGUUGCGGUAUAUCAACGAUCCAAGGAACAAAUCAUUCAUAUGAUGCUGUCGACGCUGAUUCUUUCCAAUAAUGAAUCUGUCAAAUACACCUUCAACUCCUCUUGGCCGUUUCCCAUCGUGAUCAAAUUAGACAAGGCAGAGAAACUCGUCCAAGUGAGACCCAGGAGUGACAUGCUUCUCUGCAUUCGUCGGUUCCCCAUCAUGAUUAUGGAAAUCGCUUCUGGAACAGAUGGAAAAGACGGAUUCAGGAUGAUGUUACACGCAGGGGCCCUUACAAGAAUUUUGCAAUGUCUGGGAGUGGAUCCGCGGCUUGUGAUCGUCGGGAUCUAUAUCGACGACUCCUUCAAGGCCACCCGCUAUCUCUUCUCUCUGUCAGAUCCAAUGGGGGAGGAAGUCAUUUAUAUCAAGAAAGAGUUUGAUCUUGGAAACAAAGCACAAGCGUUGAUGUUCCUCUCUGAGCUUUAUAGGAUGGUCAUUUUUGCACGACAUCCGGAUUCAGAUAUCCUCGAGAAGAACGUUGACGAGAUGGUCAACGAAAUCCAGUGCAUGAGACUGGACCCCAUCACGUCGACACAAACGCGAGAAAGACAGGACAACAGCGGAAAGGAUGGCAGAAGCAAACGGCUCAAACCGAGCGGAGGAAACGACAAGGACAAUGCCAUGAACGACGCAAUCGUCGAAGCGGGAUACGCUCUGGCGUGGCACCAUCUUCCGCAGGGUGGAAAGGAUAAAAUAGAGCUUCCAUUUCUGUUCCCCGACAAUGUUCGCGAAGCCAUGAGGCGCGACGGACUCCCAGUUAUCAUCAAGCGGGUCAAAUAUAACUCAGAGGUAGAUAUUUUGGCGUACCUUGGGAGUCGUGGAGGUGGAUCGAAUCAUAUAAUCGCGUUACUCGAGGUGCUCAAAUGCGACACGCAAUGGCUUAUCGUUAUGCCGAAGCACGUCAAACUUCGUGAAGCUGCGCAUUUACUGUUGACACCUGCUACUGUCUACUCGUUUCAAAAGCAGUUCCUCCAGGGCGUGGCAUUCAUGCAUGCAAAUGGCGUCGUGCAUCUGGAUCUCAAACCCGACAAUGUCGUUAUAGACUUUGGGGAGAGGAGACGGAGCCGAUCUCACGAAGCUACCCUUUAUAUAAUUGACUUUGGGAUUGCAGAAAUGAAUGUGACCGCCAGCACAACAGUGGACGACGUAUGUGGGACACGUGGCUGGACUGCACCAGAGAUUCAGGAGGAUCAAAGUUGGAGUCCUAUUCUGGCGGAUAGAUGGGCAUGUGGCAAGGUGCUACUCUAUCUCGGCGAGCAAAUCAACCGGAAGUCGGGAGUACAAGAGCUUGUCCGGAGAUUGAUGGAUGAUAAUCCUCAGGCUCGACCUCCCGUAAGCUUGGUUCUUCAGGGUAUCUUCGGAGGGUCAGAAUGCCAAGUGAUGGCCGGUUGA